UCUAGGAAAUUUGCAAUUAACUCCCGUAACAUUUUAACUCUUAUUUUUUAGUUUCCAUAAGGUUUACAGAAUUCUUUCUUGUGAUAGCAACAUUGUAUUAAUCACUUGUCUGUUCUACUCCUUUAAUUAGCACGGCUAAUUUUUCUGUCAAUUAUUCAAUUUCAUAAAGAUUAUGACUUCGAUCGAAGUUAUAAGCUAUGCACACAUCAUUGCCCCAUAUUUUCUUUUGUAGGGUUGAUUUGAAGAUUAGCAGCCCACAGAGAUUUGUUUGGAAAUGCACACAACUUUAAUUUCUUGUCCUAGUUUCCAGCUGUCUCUAUGUGACUAGCAGCCUUAUAACUUUUUUCAUUCACUAGUCUCUUUUAUUCUAUCUUCUGCAUUAAUCAUCUCUAGGUAUAGUAUUUCGUUUACGUUGUGGAUUAAUAUUCAUCUUCAGGUCAUAACUUGAUUAGACGACGAGGAGAUAGCGCGCUAUGAGAGUAGUAUGACAAAUAUAAAAUUACAACAAAUUAUAUAGCAUAUCUCAUGGCGGCCAAUAUAUAGUAGAUAAAACAUGCCAGCAUAUCCUGUCUCUUUCCAAAAAAUAGGACUUUCUAAUUUUCAUGUUCAACUUCUUUUGUUAAGUAAGAAAGAUUCUUUGGCCAACUGGCUUCAAUGGCAAUUUCCUCAUGCCCCCUAUUAUAUAAUGCUUUUCUUUCAAUUAAACAUUUGCAAAACCCAUUUUCCCCUUUAGUUUCUCCUAACAUAAUUGAGAUUCAAUUCUAUAGCUAAGAAAAUGGGUCGUCUAAAUCUUCUUAUGGCAGUAGUGUUGUCAAUAUAUUCCGUUGGUGUUUUGUUCAUGCCAAACUUGGCUUCUGCACAACUGAAAACCAAUUAUUACGCCAAUACCUGUCCUAAUGUUGAAUCCAUUGUUAGAAAUGUGGUUAACCAGAAAUUCCAACAAACAUUUGUCACAAUCCCUGCUGUUCUCCGUCUCUUCUUUCAUGAUUGCUUUGUCGAGGGUUGUGAUGCUUCAGUGAUAGUAUCAUCUACACCAGGAAACACAGCUGAGAAGGAUCACCCAGAUAAUCUAUCAUUGGCAGGAGAUGGAUUUGAUACUGUGAUCAAAGCCAAAGCGGCCAUUGAUUCAAACUCACGUUGUAAAAAUAAAGUCUCUUGUGCAGAUAUUCUCGCCUUAGCCACUAGAGACGUCAUUCAGCUGUCGGGGGGACCAUGGUACCCAGUGGAAUUAGGAAGGCUAGAUGGGUUCACAUCAAAAGCUUCGAACGUGGAAGGAAAGCUGCCAAAACCAACAUUUAAUUUGAAUCAACUCAAUUCUAUGUUUGCUUCUCAUGGUCUAAAUCAGAGUGACAUGAUCGCCCUUUCUGCGGCCCAUUCUGUUGGAUUUUCACACUGUAGCAAGUUUGCCAACCGGAUUUACAACUUCAGCCCUAAGAAUCCAAUAGACCCAACACUCAACAAGCAAUAUGCAGCUCAAUUACAAGGGAUGUGUCCGAGGAAUGUUGACCCAAGGAUAGCCAUAAACAUGGAUCCCAAAACUCCCAGGACUUUUGACAAUGCCUACUUCAAAAAUUUACAGCAAGGUAUGGGCCUAUUCACAUCUGAUCAAGUGCUUUAUACAGACGGGCGGUCCAAGGGAACUGUCGACAUUUGGGCUAGUAACUCAAAAGCAUUCCAAAACGCAUUCGUCGCUGCAAUGACAAAGCUGGGCCGUGUUGGUGUGAAAACUGGGAGGAAUGGAAAUAUUCGUUUCGACUGCGGCAGAUUUAAUUGAAUAGUAGUAUUCUAUUUUGUCAUUUUGGCGAACGGCUAAUUAAGUUAAUUCUUCUUUUUUAUUUUCCUCACAAGGCGGAGAGGCUCGAAUAAAGGGGACGAGGAUUGAACCUUACACCGUAAGAUGUAAAAUAAUAGUAUCACGGAAUUACUAUUCAAUCCUCGAAAUAAUAAGUUGUUCAAAUAAAUGGGGAUUAAGUUUCCUUUAUCUUUGCGGAAGGGGGUGUUUUUGUAUUCGUGGGAUGUGUAACUGUUGAAUAAAAUUGUGCGAAAUCCAUUGUUCAUAUGUACGAAAUUAAAAACUAGUAUGCAGGGACUUUAAUUGGUUA